AUGCCUCACCAAGACUUGCCCAUUAGACCCCUGGUCCGUGCUUUUGACCCCGUUGGACCAGAUACUCUUGGACCGCCAGACCUUGACUUUGCUUCUCUGUUCAGAGAGAGAAAUGUCCCUGAAGAUGCUCCUCUGACGCUGUAUCCCGAACAGCUAGGCGUUCCGUGGCAUACUUCUCUCCCAUGGGUGAGACAGUCCAAGUGGUGGGUGCAAGGUGAAGCGGCUGGAAGGGAUUUGGUGAAUCGAAUCAGUGCCGACAAGGCAUCUGAACGAGGAACUCUACCGAUGGAGUUUAUGGACGAGCGUCGAAAGGGGAAGAUUGACGAGCUUGUUGAAGAUGCUGUUUCAUGCGCCGUUUACCUCUAUCCAUCAUCGUCGCCAACUCGAAUAGAACUGCUGACGCAGGCUCUUCUGCUUCUGUUCUUCCACGAUGAUGUCAUGGAGCGCGGUGCAACACAAGAUGAAACAACAGUUGUUGAUGAAUUUGUGACCAUGAAACCCAAGAACAAACACAUGAAGCGAUUCUUCACAGAAGUUCUAGAAUGUGAUCCCAUUCUUGGCCCUGGUCUCCUCCGAGCCAUCGGCCUAUUCGUCCAUGCAGGCCGUAAGAAAUCGCCAUUCAAGCAAGAUAAAUACGCAACAUUGGCCGAGUACUUGGACUACCGCCGCCACGACAUCGCCAAACCCUUCAUGAUCGCUGCUAUUCGCUUUGGAAGCGGUGUUCACCACACCCCCGAAGAAAUCUCUCCCUUUGACGAGCUAGAAGACCUCUACGUGCAGCACUCCAUCCUCAUGAACGAUCUCUACUCCUACGACAAGGAGAUCUACGAGGCACGCACCAUCAACGGCUCUGUCGUCAACGCAGUACACGUCAUUGAGAAACUCAUGUCUGUGUCACCGAACUUGGCAAAGACUAUCACCCGCACCAUGAGCUUCGACGUUGAGAAGAAGUACUACGCACUAUCGGAGAAGUUCAUGCGUGAUCCUUCGUUGAACGAUAAGCAGCGUACUUAUGUGAUUGCGCUUUUUGAUUGUUUGACUGGGAAUUUGUUUCAUCAUGCUACGUUGGGCAGAUAUUCUCGAUACGCCGAGUAUCCUGUUGACUGUAGGACUUAG